AAGUCAGACAUUAUAGAGACAGAGGGACAAGGCGCUGUUACCUUCACAGACUCCCACUCUGCAAAUAACCAGGGAGCUUAAGAUUUGGCGUCCACAUUUUAGUCAUCCUCACUAAUUUAUUUAUUUUCAUUUUUUAGUUCAUGACUUGUGGCGGGAAAGAUGGCUCCUAUAGUGUGUUGUGACCACUGACCUUACUCCAUACUCAUUGCGUCAAAGCUGUUUUUCUGUGUUUUUUGUGAAACUUUCAGGAGACUUGACGCUUUAUUACUGUGUGACUUUUUAAUCUCCCAGUUGUGUCCUCUACUGGAAUACCAUCGCUCCAUUUUUGGGCUGUCUCCACCUGCCUUCACCAAUGCUGACCGAACCGUGUGGAGCCAUGUCCAUGGGGUCAGAUGUCCGAGAUCUGACCCUCUUAUCUCCGGCCCCUCCUGUGCCAUCCUUACCAGGUGCUGGUGGUGGCUGUGGGAUGUCUGUGGGUGGCGGCCAGUGGACCCAGCUGCUGGACCUCCACCCUGGCUCUCCCUACAGCUCCCUGCCCUCCCACCACUCCCUCAUCAAGCAGGAACCAGGAUGGGGGACCGCUGAUCCAAUAGAGGACCCUCACUGUGGACUCGGGGCCUUCACGGUGCACUUCUCAGGCCAGUUUACUGGCUCGGGCCCCUGUCGAGUUGGGGCCUUCGGAGAGCCGACUGCAGGUCAACCGAGGAUGUUUCCUAAUGGAACCUACCUGCCCGGCUGUAUGGACAGUCCUCCUGCACCCAGGAACCAGGGUUAUGGAGCGGUGGGUUUAGACAGCAACCCCAGUUAUGGUCACACUCCGUCUCACCACACCCCUCAGCUCUCCAGCCUGUCCUUCAAACAUGAGGACACUCUGUCACCGCCAAACAACAUAGUUGACCAGCAGUAUCCGGCUCCUCCUCCCAUGUUUGGGUGUCACAAUCCUUCAGAAUCCUGUCCGAGCAGCCAGGCUCUGCUGCUGAGAAACUACAACAGUGAUAACCUGUACCAAAUGGCAUCUCAGCUGGAAUGUGUAACAUGGAACCAAAUGAACAACUUGGCAUCUUCCAUGAAGAGUAGCCAUGCACCCAGCUAUGAAAGUGAACCCAUCACCCCGCCUCCACCUGUGCUCCUCAGUGCCCAGUACCACAUACACACACAUGGUGUCUUCAGAGGACUUCAGGAUGUUCGACGUGUAGCAGGUAUUGCUCCACCAAUUGGGAAGUCAUCAGAGACCAACGAAAAGCGGCCAUUUGUGUGUGCUUAUCCUGGCUGCAACAAGAGAUACUUCAAACUGUCACAUCUGCAGAUGCACGGUCGCAAACACACAGGAGAGAAGCCUUACACGUGUGAUUUCACAGACUGCGGCCGCGGAUUCUCUCGCUCAGACCAGUUAAAGAGGCACCAGCGCAGACACACAGGAGUGAAGCCCUUUCAGUGCGAGACGUGUCAGAGAAAGUUUUCACGGUCAGAUCAUCUUAAGACGCACACUCGGACUCAUACAGGUAAAACAAGUGAGAAGCCCUUUACCUGCCGCUGGUCCAACUGUCAGAAGAAGUUUGCCCGCUCUGACGAGCUGGUGCGCCACCACAGCAUGCACCAGAGGAACCUGACCAAGCUGCAGCCUGCCAUCUGAGCAGCGAGAGGAGGAGGAGGAGGAGGAGGAGGAGGAGGACGAAGAGGAAUGGGACAAUAUGUUGUGCCAGCUAGUGGAGAAAGACGCUGGAGCCUGGUCAGCGGUUAUGGUUCCUUGCCAGACUCUGUGAGGUGGUGAGCACAGCUGAUGCCUCUCUGCCAGCCGACGUCAAGAGACUCUGAUGAUCCUCGAGAUCUACAAAACGCACCUCAGCUAGCGCUCCUUCUCGUUAUUUGACAUAAAAACUCAGACUGAGAGGGUAUAACACCACAGUAACUCUGAGCCAAGAAGAAGAUUUAUUUCAUGCGAGAUGAGAAAAAUGUUGACACACUAUUUUGGAUAUUUUAGUACACUUGCACUGGCUUGAUUUUGUUUUGUUAAAAUUGUGUCACCUUGAAAAUGUGCUGGACAAUGUAAACUGGAUUUAGGAGAUGACAAUAUGUCUUAGUUUGAUUAAGAUUUUUUUUUGCUAUAAGGAAUGUGAAUGUUUUAUAUUCUUACAAUAUAUAUUGGGGAUGCAACGGUUCAGCAAGUCCACGGUUCGGUUUCUGUUGCAGUUUUUGGGUCAUGGUUUCCGUUCUGUUUUGGUUUGUUUUUCCACAUUAGAAAGAAGGAAAACAACCAUUUCCAAUGUUCUUUCUGUAUUUUUUUUAUUUGCAAGAAUAAUGUUUCCUUUCUUCAGGAGCUCUGAUUUAUGAUAUCAAAAAAUAUUCUUUCAAUAGCAAAAUUGUGACUCAGCCUGUUUAAAAAGUACUUUCAGUAUAGUUGCAUCAAUUGUGUUUUGUUUUUUACAGUGGAAGACAGUAAUAAUGUUUUUGGCUCAAUUAUGCAAACCAGGCUGUGGUUUCUUCAACAAACUGUUCAGUUUUUUCAGUUGGAUUUUGCAUCCCCAGUAUAUGUACUCACUAAAUUGCUUUGUAUAUAUGUGGUGUAUUUGCUCACCUUUAUAGACAUUCCUUUUGUAUUUUUAAUGUUUUCUACGUUUAUAAAAUGUUGCUUCACA